CUAAGAGGGGCGAUGGAUAAGGAUCCCAAACCUGAAAAUUACCUGGAGUGGAAGCACUGUGAGACCUAUGGAGUUAAGACUCUCUGCAAUCUGAAGGAGCUCCUGACCCAAAUCCAAAAGGGCCAUAAGGAAGAUAUCUAUACCUACACCUCAGGUCACCUGAACCCUGACAAGCUCUACAAGCCGCCUGACAGCAUUGUCCAGCACUGGUACAAUGCAAACAGGCCAAAGGAGAAGCCUGCCACCUUCCCACCCACCCUCUCCGGAGGCAAAAAGGUAGCAAAGAUGAAAGAUGCUUUGGUUUACUUUUCAGUCAACACAGCCCUUCAUCCCGAUGAUGCCUACAGCUCGAAGCUGUUCAAGUAUUUGAACCCACAAAUGUUCCAUUCCUACCCUUCUAAUGAUAAUGUCACCUCAGAGGAGUUCCCACAGGAGGAGGAGGACAAAGAACUAAAAAAAAGACCUGUGUUUUCUCGGGAAUCACACAGGAAGGAAGAGCUCGUGUUUCCUGAGAUGAAAGUACUCAGAUACCCAGAGGUGACAUCUAGCCGCCAGUGCGCCAGGCCUGCCCCAGGUGGGGAUGUGUAUCGCUACAUCACCUCCUACUUAUCUGGCGUAACAAAAGCUGACAGAUACAAGAAGUUCCUGAGUUUCCAAAGAGAAGUCCUAGCAAAGGAAGAUCUCCUGAAGAGUGAUUUCACAGGAAGCAAGGUGGCUGUGAUCCAUGAGAACAAACUGAAGGAGGAGCUCCAGAAGGUAUGUACCUGCAACCCUCAGCAGUUCAACAGGUUGCAGGUCUUUGGAGAAAUCUUCGAGGAAGUCUGCAGAAGUUCUCUGGUCUUUGGGGAUCUCCUGAAAGAGAUUAAGGACGAAUACGAACUCUACAUGGCAGCUCUUCUGGACUCUCAGCCCACGGCACAGUAUGAGCGGCUCCUGGCUGAAGUGAAGGGAUUGGAGAAGAGCCCAGUCCACACCGCCGACGUUGACCAAGCCAAGGAGCAUCUGAAGAAGCUCGAGAAGGCUACUCUCGAAGCGCUGGAGCACAAACUCAGAAGCGAGCUGGAGGCCGAGCACCAGUUGCUGGAAACUGCUAAGGAGAAAUCAGAAUUACCGGAGAAAAACAUACAUGAUGAGGACCAACUCACUCUGAUUGAGAAGGUUGAGAAGAGAAGGUGUGAGAUCCUUGAAAAAUGGGAUGAAAUUAAAGCACUAGAAAAACACGUUAAGAAAACUUCGGUGCAUUCCAGAGUGAUGGAUCUCGCUGAGAGUGCGAUUAAAAGCAUAGAGAAUGAAGGUAUAAAAUUGGAAACAACGAACAGAAUCUUAAGGAAGAAAAUAAAAGGUCUGGAAAGCCAAAUAAAGCAGCUCAUAAAGAAGAGUAAGAUCAAGAAUGAAGACAGGAAGGCUCUGUGGGAUCUCGUUGGGGAAUAUACAGAUGUAGAAGAGCUAGAGGACGACUCGGAUAUUUUUGGAAAAUAAUAUCUAAGGACUCCCCGCUUCGGAGCCCGCCACCUGGAGAUGUUUGCUCCUGUCAGCGUUCCCCUAAUAACAUCAGGGUGGGGCAGGCAGUCUCCUCGGUGGAUUAGUAGAUGCAUACCCGUGUGAUUCACUUGACUUCUUUAUAUGUUCCCACUGGUCCUUCGUUCAUCUUUUAUUCAGAAACUUUCAACUGGACAAAACACAUUUGAAUAUUUAAUAAGAAUGAAGAUUUAACCCUGCUGUGAUGUCGAUCACCUCUGUUUAGGCAUAGAUAUGUUUACACAUAUAUGCAUUUAAUAAAAUAAAUAUC